GUAGCGCACACGCAGCUUCCCUUUGCUUUGCUUUCUUCCUUGCGCUGCAUCCCCUUUCGAUCAUGUCACCGGCCAAACCAAAUUCCGCACACAUGAAUGAAUGAAAUAUGCCCACACCAACAACCUCCUCCGCCUCCUCCUAGUCUGCGCCAUCCUUGCCUCCUGGGCUCCCGUCGCGCAUCUUCCUCCCCUGUGCCUACCUUCCCGGGCCAACAUCUGUGUUGAGAUCGACAUCGAUAGUCCCAAUACCGUCGAGAUCUCGGGUUUUAAUCGGCGAGGAGUCAUGUCUAAGUCUCGGGUUUAUGCCGAUGUCAACCUUGUUCGCCCCAAGGAGUACUGGGAUUACGAGUCGCUCACUGUUCAAUGGGGUGACCAAGAUGAUUAUGAAGUCGUUCGAAAAGUUGGACGGGGAAAAUACAGUGAAGUUUUUGAAGGAAUAAAUGUCAAUACCAAUGAACGGUGCAUAAUCAAGAUCCUCAAGCCUGUCAAGAAAAAGAAGAUAAAGAGAGAGAUAAAGAUACUUCAGAAUCUUUGUGGUGGUCCAAAUAUCGUCAAGCUUCUUGAUAUUGUUAGAGAUCAGCACUCAAAAACACCUAGCUUGAUAUUUGAGUAUGUGAACAGUACAGACUUCAAGAUUUUGUACCCCACAUUGACUGACUAUGACAUACGCUACUACAUAUAUGAGCUCCUGAAGGCAUUAGAUUACUGCCAUUCACAAGGGAUAAUGCACAGAGAUGUCAAACCUCACAAUGUUAUGAUAGACCAUGAGCUGCGAAAGCUUCGCUUGAUAGACUGGGGCCUUGCUGAGUUCUACCAUCCUGCAAAAGAAUAUAAUGUUCGUGUAGCUUCUAGGUACUUUAAGGGACCUGAGCUUCUAGUUGAUUUACAGGACUAUGAUUAUUCUUUGGAUAUGUGGAGCCUUGGUUGCAUGUUUGCUGGAAUGAUAUUCCGCAAGGAACCUUUCUUUUAUGGUCACGACAACCAUGAUCAGCUUGUGAAAAUUGCCAAGGUACUAGGAACUGAUGAAUUAAAUGCAUAUAUGAAUAAGUAUCAAUUGGAGCUUGAUCCUCAACUUGAUGCACUUGUUGGGAGGCACAGCCGAAAACCAUGGUCUAAGUUCAUUAAUUCAGAUAAUCAGCAUCUAGUUUCUCCAGAGGCCAUUGAUUUUCUUGAUAAACUUCUUCGGUAUGAUCAUCAGGACAGGCUAACUGCCAAAGAAGCCAUGGCUCAUCCAUAUUUCUCGCAAGUGAGGGCUGCAGAAAAUAGCAGGAUGCGGACACAGUAGAGCAUGCUGCAUGUCUUUCAUUUGUAAAUCAGUACAUUUGGCUUGGGAUAUAUAUUGUGCUUGCAAUUACAUACUCUGAAACACAUUGUGCCUGACUUCGGUAGUUGGGUAGCAUUAAGCUUUGUGUAUGGAUAUCUUACUAUCAUCAUUAGCAUAUGAGCAACUUGUUUGCGAUGACAGGACGUUCUGUACUUCGUUGCUAUGACUUGCGUUGAGACGUUUAGCAGCAUCCAGUACCCAAAAUAAUGCAAAUAGCUUUUU